AUUGCAAACCGACAAUUAAUUAAGUAUUCCAAAUUACACACUUACCCCUCCCUCGCAAACGGCGCUGCUCGGGUACUCUCUCUUGUCGUAGCCACCCUCACCGCCUCCUCCUCCUCCAACACAAACGACGAGCGCGUGGAGGAGCUCCUCUCCCUUCAAUCCAGAUCCAAAUCGGGUAUCAUCCGCCUCAACGACCAGUCCCUGUCCCGCUUCCUCACCUCCGUCGCCACCCCUCGCCCUUACUCCAUCGUCAUCUUCUUCGACGCCGCCCAGCUCCACGACAAGACAGAGCUGCGCCUCCGCGAACUCCACCAAGAAUUCUCCAUCGUCUCCUCCUCCUUCAUCGCCAACCACAACAUCUCCCACCCUUCGCGCUCCAAGCUCUUCUUCUGCGACAUCGAGUUCAAGGAAUCUCAGUUCUCAUUCACGCAAUUCGGCGUCAACGCCCUCCCACACAUUCGCCUCAUCGCUCCCAACCAUUCCUUCAAGGAUUCACAGCCCAUGGACCAGGGCGAUUUCUCGCGACUCGCUGAGUCAAUGGCCGAAUUCGUUGAGUCCAAAACCAAGAUCUCCCUGGGACCCAUCCACCGCCCCCCGCUGCUAUCCAGGAACCAGUUGAUCUUGAUCGUCGUUGCGUUCCUCAUUUGGAUUCCGUUCUUCGUGAAGAAGCUUGUUUCGGGUCAGACACUGCUCCAUGAUCCGAAAGUGUGGUUGUCGGGUUCUGUUUUCGUUUACUUCUUCAGCGUUUCUGGAGCUAUGCAUAACAUCAUCAGGAAGAUGCCAAUGUUUCUUCUGGACCGCAACGAUCCUUCCAAGCUUGUGUUCUUCUACCAGGGCUCCGGGAUGCAGCUCGGCGCCGAGGGAUUCGCCGUCGGGUCCUUGUACACCGUGGUGGGGCUCUUGCUGGCGUUUAUGUCGCAGGGUCUUGUGAAGGUGAAGAAUGUGACGGUUCAGAGGGUGGUUAUGAUGUUCGCCUUGUUGGUUUGUUUCUUGGCUGUGAAGCAGGUUGUGUUCUUGAAUAACUGGAAGACUGGUUAUGGUAUUCAUGGCUUCUGGCCCUCUAGUUGGAAUUGACAGAGCAAUUGGCACCAAGCACGGUCUGCAAUUCUCUUACUCUUUGAUUUCAUAUAUAUAUAUUUGAGAUGUUUGCAUUCUGUUCUUGAGAUGCCUGUUACAACUACUACACUAUCUUAACUUUGUUGCUGUUGUUGGCCUUUUUGUGGGAAAAUUCUGAGUAUUACAUCAUUUUACUAAACUAGUCAUUGCUUGCGUUUUGAUUGAUUAAUGAUCAUUUGGAAGCUGUUGCAUUGCAUAUUUAUGAAA